CGGGCUUGGCUUUACUCGGCCAUUUGCAAUCAUCAAUCAGUUCGGCGGUGUUUUUCGUGACAGUGAUUAAAGCGUCAUUCAGUUUUUACAAGUUCUUUAGUGUCCUAAUUUAUUAAUAAGUAUCAGAAUGGUGCCGAAAACAAAAGUAUUUGUUGGAAGCUUGCCGCCAGGCUCCAAGCCUGAAGAAUUACGUCGUUUGUUCGAAGCUUACGGUGUUGUAACAGAAUGUGAUAUUAUGAAUCGUUGUGGCUUUGUACAUAUGCAGACCGAAGAGAUGGCUUUUAGCGCGAUUCAAGCGUUGAAUAAUACUACAUUUAAUGGGGCCACGAUAAGUGUCGAAAGGGGCCGCAUCAAGGAACGCGGAUCAGGUGGUGGUCGUGGAGGCGGUGGCCGCGGCGGUCGAGGAUUUGGAGGACGAGGAGGUGGUAUGAAUCGUAGUGGUGGAGGACCUGGGGGUAACCGUAUGCGUAAUGGUGGUGGCCCCAUGGGAGGUGGCAUGCGUCGUGGAGGCGGUGGCCCAGGACCCAUGCGUGGUGGUGGCCGUGACAUGAAUCGUGGAGCACCCUAUUCUCGUGAUGGUGGUCGUGGAGGAGAUUUUGGUGGACGAGGUGCUGGACCCAUGCGCAAUGGUAUGGGCGGCGGCGGCAUGGGUGGUGGUUAUGGUGACCGCGGCGGUUCUAUGAUGGACGGCGGCAUGGGAAUGCGUGGUAAUGGCGUUGGAGCAGGUGGAAUGAUGGACCGCAGAGGUGGCGGCAUGGGAGGCGGAAUGGGCGGCGGUGGCGGUUACCCGGAUGGCGGAUUUUCUGGUGAGGACAGACGCGGGUUCGCGCUGCCGCAGCUUGGCGGCGGCGGUGCGGGCGGCGCUUACAGAGACUUAGACUUAGGUCAAGGUGGUUAUGAUAACAUGUACAUGGAUGACCGAAGAGGUGGAGCACCACCGAUGAUGGAUGAUAGACGAGGCCCUGCAGGUCCAAUGCGCCCACCAAUGCCCAUGCCCCCAAUGUUUGACAGGAGGCCGGCUGCUGGUCCUGGAGGCAUGGGUGGUGGACCCGGUGAUAUGUUCAGUAGAAGAUCUCCUCCACAAAUGAGAGGCUAUGGAGGUGGAAAUGAUCGGGAUAACUAUUCACAAGCAUUCCCCCCACUAGGAGGACCACGUGUAUCCUGUCCUGGUUGAAAGCAUUUCUGGUGCCUUUGCCAGUGCAGAAUGAAACUUUGACAUCUGGUAACUAUGAGGUCACCUAUGCUUUUUUUUGCAAAAAUAUAAAACCAAACUGUUUUAAAGGUAC